UUCAGAUCUCACGGUUACUAAUUGCUUUUGAGUGUGAAAUUUAAACCCACUUAAUAUUGAUUGAGGCUUGAAAUCUAUGAUAAGAACAAGAACAUAUAGUAGUGUCGGUACGUCCAGUGUUGCGAAGCGAAGAGGAUCUACGAGAGCAGAUGGCGAGUCGUGUCGCGUGCGCAGCCAUAGGGACUAUUGCAAACAAUUGUGUAAGGACGGAUACCAACUUAGCAAGCAAAAUUAGCCCCAAGAUGGACUCAGUUCUGGUUUUGUUACAAUGGAGGAUGUAUUUUGUGACAUGUUGUAGUUAAAAAUUUAUUUUAUUGAAAAGGUAUGUUUUA